CGGAAGUGCACCACCUGAGCGGAAGCAGAAGGUCUCGGAGGGUAGGAAGGUGGAGAGCGGAGCAGCUGCGGGCUUGCCUUCAGCUCCGCCUCCCGCCCUGACCACAGCAUGGGGGAGAAGUCCGAGGGCUGUGAAGGACCCGCAGAUCUGCUCAGGGGGUUGAAGGUCACAGACCCCCAGGAAGUGGAGUGUGCCGGCCCUCCAGCUCCUGCUCCCAGAGGGGAGAGUGCGAACAGCCAGCGGCUGCUGGAAGGCGAGGAGCAGGAGGAGGAGUGCUUCCAUGACUGCAGUGCCUCCUUCGAAGACGGGGAGCUGGGAGGGGUGAGGAUGGAGGACAAGCCCGCCGACGAGGCUCCCCCCGAGCUGGAUGAAGAAUACCUCAUAGAACUGGAAAAGAACAUGCCAGACGAAGAGAAGCAGAAAAGAAGAGAAGAAAGCACUAAAUUAAAGGAGGAAGGAAAUGAACAGUUUAAGAAAGGAGAUUAUAUGGAAGCGGAAAGUUCCUACAGUCAAGCCCUUCAGAUGUGCCCGUCCUGCUUCCAGAAGGACAGGUCCAUUCUGUUUUCAAAUCGAGCUGCCGCAAGGAUGAAGCAGGACAAGAAAGAGUUGGCCAUCAGUGACUGCACCAAAGCAAUUCAGUUAAACCCCAGCUACAUCAGAGCAAUAUUGAGGAGAGCAGAGUUGUACGAAAAAACGGACAAAUUAGAUGAAGCCCUAGAGGACUAUAAAUCUAUACUCGAGAAAGACCCAUCAGUGCAUCAAGCCAGAGAGGCUUGUAUGAGAUUACCUAAGCAAAUUGAAGAACGUAAUGAAAGACUGAAAGCAGAGAUGUUGGGUAAACUUAAAGAUCUUGGGAACUUGGUUCUCCGACCUUUUGGGCUCUCCACCGAAAAUUUCCAGAUCAAACAGGAUUCUUCCACUGGCUCCUACUCUAUCAAUUUUGUUCAAAAUCCAAAUAAUAACAGAUAACAAAGAUACCAGUAGUGUUAAGAGCUGCCUUGGAAAUUGUGUGCUGCUUACUGUUAGCAGGGGGCGAGGCCUGCCAGUAUUUAACUUAAAGCCUCUUCUCUGAAGGAAAGGCUACACAGUGCAGCCUAGUGCUCCCUCCUCCUCAUGUCGCCGUCGAGGUAAAUGCACUGCCUAAUUUAGUGAGCCUAAUUUGAUUUCGGUUUUAAGGUUCUGUGUGCGACUGUUGAUCCUGGCACUGGCUGUCCUUUGUCUAGGAAAGUCUGCAUUCACCCCUCCACACACACCCCUUUCCUGACAGGUGGGAGACUCCCCAGACAUGCUGACAGGCCCCUCCUGGCCAGCCCCUUGCCCAUCACACACGCUGUCAUCAAAGCUGCUCUGCGUGUGUAAUCUCCAGCAUCUCCCGAUUUCCUCUGUGGUAAUAAAAGCUUUCUCUGCUGGUCUGGGCUGGGUUGUGAGUUUUGUCCCCAUCAUGUUGAAGAUUGAAGACAUCUCUGACUCUGUUAGCAGUAUUGGUCUUUAGCAGUUAGUGACUGGAUUCCACAGACCAGCCCGGCGUUUUACCUGGCAUCCUGAGGUUGCCACCUUCCUGUGCACUCAGGUCUGGAAAUUCCGCCCCACGAGCUGCCUUGGCCCCUGCAGGUUUGUGCAGACGAUCGGUAGAUCAGUGUAGCUCACCAACCAUCAGUCUCAACUCCAGCCUUCAAUCAGCUGUGUUCAGGACUGGCGGGAUGCGAGCGCCGAGCGAAG